CAUUCGAUAAUGAUGGAAAAGUUGAUUACACCGAAGUCUUUCCAGAUUUGGCACCACAAACAACACCAACACUUAGCUUCCACAUGGCUUCACGCUCAAAUUAGUUGCUAGUGAAUUACACCAUGAAAUACAAGAGAGGUUUAACUAGAAAUGCAACUCAACUAACUUUGACCUUUUAAGAUCUCUCUCUCUCUCUCUCGUGAUUAUCGCUUGAUCUGAACUUUGAACCAUCUUCUGCUAGCUGUCUCUUUCACUGUAACUAUUAUACUACUAGUACUUUUCUGUGCAGGCGAUCACUACAAUAUUUGCUCGCAGAAGAAUCAACGUCCGACAUGUUAGUCACUAAGCCAUAAUACCACAGUUUUACGGCUUCAACUCAGAAACUUACAAAAAGAUUGCGAGGAGAAGAAAUACUUGCUGUCACCAUCCUAGGGUGUACCAAGUUCUGUUUCCUGAGUAAUGGCAAACAAGAAGCAUAGCCGGAGAAGGGAAAGGUUUCGCUGGUGGUUUUCGAGGAAGAAAAAGAAAGCUGAUCCAUUUGAUUCAGGUGCAGGAAUCACAGAUGAUGCGGUUGAAGAAGAUGCUGGCUUCUGUGGCUGGUCGAUGGAGAUGGACCCACGCAUUUCAACCCAUGAACUAAGAGUCUUCGUCGGCACUUGGAAUGUUGCGGGAAGAUCUCCCGUAGGCAGUCUAGCAGCGGAUUUGGACGAAUGGCUGAACCUUAAAGACAUUGAUCACACGGCAGACGUUUAUGUUCUUGGAUUCCAGGAAAUUGUUCCCUUGAAUCCACAAAGCAUCAUAGCUGGAGAAAACGCAACGGAGGCGACAAACUGGAACAUGCUUAUUGGAAAAACUCUGAAUGACAAAUAUGGAUGCCCUUGGCUAACACCCAUGCUAAACCCGAUUAACAGCGAUGAUUAUUACUAUUCGGGUAUCCCAGAAACUGGAAGGCGAUAUAUUUCCAGAAGCCAAAUUACUACGCAAUUAAGAAGUCAAACUAGAAGCCAGACAGGGCAGUCAUAUAGGUACAGUAGGUACAAAUUAAUAGCCAGCAGGAAGAUGGUUGGAGUAUUUAUUAGUGUUUGGAUAAGAAGAGAGUUGCUGAAGGCAUAUAGCAUAUCGGAUGUGAGAGUUUGUUCAGUGGCUUGUGGCAUCAUGGGCUAUUUGGGGAACAAAGGAUCUGUUUCCGUCAGUAUGUCAAUCGGAGGAACUAGUUUUUGUUUCAUUGCUGCUCACUUGGCUUCUGGGGAAAAGAAAGGUGACGAAGGGAAGAGAAAUUACCAAGUCUCAGAAAUUUUCCGGCGCACAUCUUUUCCACGGCUACCUCGUGAUGGCAAUCUCAUGCCUCCGACCAUCUUGGGACAUGACCGGGUAUUCUUGUUUGGGGAUCUCAACUAUAGGCUCUAUCUGGAAGACAAUUUAGCCAGAGAGUUGAUAAGGAAGCAAGAUUGGAAAGCAUUGCAGGGGUUUGAUCAGUUGCAGAAGGAGCUUGAAGAUGGCGGAGUAUUCCAAGGAUGGAAAGAGGGAAGCUUAGAAUUUCCACCUACCUAUAAGUACUCUUCCACUAACAGUAAUCGUUAUUCAGGUGGACUUCCAAGCAGAGCACGGGAGAAGCAACGAACUCCAGCAUGGUGUGACAGAGUUUUAUGGUACGGUAAAGGGGUCAAACAGAUCUCCUAUUUCCGUAGCGAAAGCAAGUUCUCUGAUCACCGGCCUGUCUCUGCUCUAUUCUCCACGCAGAUAGAGGCUGAUAAGCGUGCCAAUUGCAGGCUUGUUGUGCCAGCACUUGUACCUAGUGGAACUCCAUGCAGCAUCGGGAAGCAAGCAAACGGAGAAGCUACAACAACAUUGACAUCCUUGAUUAAAACGGAUGCAGAUGCAUGCCCAACUAAUAGAUAACCCGACCAAGACUUUCCUUCAGCGGGGUAAAUCCACUCUCAAUUAAACAAAAAAAAGAAGGACAAAAACAUUAUUCCUCAGCUACCUUGUAAAACAAGUGUAAAUACUGUUCUUGAUGCUGUGUAUGGAAACAGAAAAGACGGAUUGAAGAACAGUCACAUUCUUCAAAGUUAAAAAUAUAUUGACAUUCCAUUU